AUGGUAGAAGAAUAAAAUAAAAUAGGCAAUUAGGAUGUUUAACCUGAAGAAGAGGGAGAUGAUGAAGAAGAUUAUGAGGAGAAAAUGAAAAAGGUAAAUUAAGAAUUAUUGAAAAAAUUUGGGUUUACAAGUUUCGGAUCAUCGAAAGGAAAGGAUCACACAGCAAGUGCAGUGGAGGGUGUGUUUAAGGCAGCAAAUCAGAAGCGAAAAUACAGACAAUAUAUGCAUAGAAGAGGAGGAUUUAAUAGGCUUUUGGAUAAAAUGGAUUGAUGUUAAGAU